GAGAUUGCGCUUGUAGGUAAGCUAGCAAGCAUGCAGCAGCCGUGUGUUGAUGUCCCCCAGCCACACGCCGAGAUCGGAGCUCAAGCACUCACGGACGACGACCAGUGCACACACUGCGGUCAUCUCCGCAGACGAAGUCUUCAGAUCAUCACGGGAAAAUGCACGUGGACAGCCACGUACGUCGUGCUCCACGCAGGUUGCAUCUACUAUUACGACAGCGAGGUGGCGCAGAAACAAAUUAAAUCUUACUCCUUAUUCGGCUAUAAUAGGGUUGAGAGAGACCAGAUGCAGUACAGAGGCAGAGAGGCACGUCACGUGAUGAAGAUCGUUCCGAUGUUUCACGAACAUUUCAAGAGCUAUCGGUUAGCGGCGGCAUCAAAGCUGGAAUUGCAGACGUGGAUGUUGCAUAUUAGAAAUGAAAUUAAAAGAAUUCAUAGCCAGUAUGCCGUGGAUGAUAUGACGACGACGGUAGGGUCUACGGAAGCAUCCACAGUCUCUCGCAGUACUCAGUCGGUUGUAAACUCGGUAGCUCUCCCGUUGCCGCUACGAUCUGUGGCUCACAGAUCCACCGAUACUGAGCAACAGAACAUAGAGUUCGAUGAGCUGGAGGAGUCAGUCUACGACACACUCGACGAUGCGUAUCUAAGACCGCUAGAGUUGAUCUGGAGAGACAGGAGGGACGAUUCACGCGAAGACAGCGAUGACGACAGCAUAGGUUAUGACGUACUAUCGAUGACGACACAGCCGAAUCAAAGCGGGCUGCGACCAGCGUUACCGCCCCGGAGAUCUCCUUCUCCUUCUUCUGCCUCUGAAGACAUCGCUAAAGGGUAUCCUACUACAUCUAGGCCGCCUUGGAUGAUGAGACCACGAGCUGAUACCAACCCAUUUCAGGAUGAGAACCUAGAAGGACUCUACCUCACCGUCGUGAAUUCAGAAGAGGGCGCCACGUCCGCUACUUCCGGUGUCCACGUGACCGACCCUGCCGACACCGCAUGGCUUCCUGACAAGCAGGAGGCUCUCCCCGGAGCGUUCCAUCCCAUUCCUCGCCCACGCAGCGGGGCAUCGUGUCUGUCUCGCAAACCACCACCGAUACCCACGCGCGAGGAGCCGCGUGCGACGGUACGCACGAAACGUCUGCCGUCUGAGUUGGAGGAAGACAGCGACAUUGCUUCCCGUCUGAGCAUGGCGCUGAUGAGUCGCCAGAAGCAACACAGAGCGAGACCAGAAGGAAUGAGCACUAUCGAAACAUCCUCAGAGGACUCCCCUGUCACGGACGACUUACCUAUCUCUAAAGAUUCACUUGUCUCAGAGGAUUCACCUGUCUCAGAGACUCAGAAACAACAGUGUGACGACGACGAUAACACAUACGAGACUGCGACGUAUACGAUGCAAGACGAUACGUACGAGUUCUACGAUGCAGCGUACUUUCCUACCGAUGAUAAGGAGGAUUCCACGCGCACCAUGCAGGCUAUCCGGCAGAAUGGAGCCUUCAUGGUUGCGGAGCACCCGCGCGAGGCACAUCGCAGACUCUUCUUGUGAAUGCCAGAGGCAGACUACGCAAAUGGCACAUAUUACACUCAACAGAACCCAGUGAUCGGUACGGACUAGUACAGUCGUGUCUACACGCGUCAGUAAACGAACUCAUCUACCACUACCUACAGCAUCCACUGCCGCUAAAGACAGAGGAGGUCUACCUCCACACUCCUUACAGACUCUGCAAGACCGACGAAGCACAGUGCGACGAUGUGUCUUAGGCUGACAGUCACACGGGAAGAUCUCCUAGUCCGAAACUACUCAGGCCCGGACUAGUUUGAUGCGGGAUAAAAAUUUGUACGGGGUAACAGAUGCUCUAAAGGGGCUCGAAGAUACACGAGGCCGUGCUGAUACAAACAAUCUGUUACCAUGGCGAUUAUAUGUAGAAGACAGUAGGAUGGAUCAGUGGGCGUACGGAGAUUUACCAUAGAUGAGAUAGCAAACUCGCAUAGGGUGACUUAGUGGAGCAGCAUAUGCGUGAGUGAGUGAGUGAGUGAGUGAG